GUUAAAGUUACGUAUAAACAUCCAACACGAGCACAUGUCUACAGUUGCUGGGAGGAAAACAUACGAUUUUUUCUCAAAGUGAAAGUCUGAAGAAUGUAAUUUUUAUAUUUUCGUAACUCCUUGUUGACGAUUCACUUGAAUGGAGACGAAAAGAAAGUAAGUUUGAGGAAGAUGAACUUUAAUGUGAAAGAAGAAAAGUCUGAUCCUGAUUAUGAUGUUAUACAACAAACAUGCGUGAAUGAAGUAAAUGAGAGUUUGCAUCGGGAGGAUGCAAGAGAACAGACUACACAGAAAAUAAGAGACAUCAUCAGUGAUCAGUUUUCUUUUGAAAUCAACUUGAAAGAAAAGGAAGUGACAACAUUGAAUCAACGUGUUAACGAAUGUCGUGGUAAUUUGGAUCGUAUAAGAGCAUGUAUACUUGCUGGUUACUAUGGUUAUGGUAUAAAAUCUGCUGGACAAUUGUCUAGGAAAUCUCUUCUUUCCAGAAGGAGAAAUGUUAAGGAAUCAAGCGUACAUAAUAUUAUGAAUUGGAAAAGGUCAUUACCAUCAAACUUGGAUGACAAACCGUGUGCUAAAUAUGUAUUGAAUCAAAGAAAAACUGAGCAAAAUUUAUCAGAUUCUUCUCAAAUCUGUUCUGAUAAAUUUUCUGAUUCUAUCAAAAUGAAAAAACCUGAAGCAAAUGAAUCCAGAUUUUAUGUUAAAAGAAAAAUAAUAGUUGGAAAUACAUCAAAGUUUAUUCAUCCAGAGCAACGAGAAGGAAAUGAUAGAUCCACACACAAGUGGAUGGUUUAUGUUCGUGGCACUAAAGAUGAUGAUCAACUUGAGAAAUUUAUAAAUAAAGUUUGGUUCCUAUUGCAUCCAAGUUAUCAACCAAAUGAUUUAGUUGAGGUGAGUAAGCCACCAUUUCAAGUAACAAGGCGAGGCUGGGGAGAAUUUCCUGUUCGUGUUCAACUUCAUUUUGUGAAUUGUAAGAACAAACGAGUGGAUAUCAUUCAUCAUUUGAAACUUGAUAAAUCAUACACUGGUUUACAGACGCUUGGUUCAGAAACCCAUGUUGAAAUUGAGCUAGAUCGUAAGAACUUUGAAGGUUCUUAUCACAGUAAUCAGCAUGAAAGUUUGGGGACAGUGAAAGCCUGUUCUGAUGUCAACACAAGUUUAGGACUAAGUUCCACCUCUUUCAAUGAGCAAACAAAAAAAGUCAUUUUAGAUAAGUGUUCUCCUAGUACACAAUUGGAUCAACAAGUAUCAAGUAUGGAUACAGAUGUUUGGAAACAUGGUGUUAUGAAUGAUCAUUCCUAUAGCACAAUCCACGCUGAAGAGAUCUUGAAUUGUGAUGAUAACAUAAAGUAUUUGUCUCCUCUAACAUCAAAACCUGGAUCAAAAUGUUCUACUCAUUAUAAUAUUAAAAGUAAACAAUUGAUGUCUGUCGAAAGUGAAUCUUUGCUGAAAACAUGUAUUUUGCAAUGUCCUCUCGUUACAACGAAAAACAUUUCAGUAAAACGAGGGUAUCGUUCAAACACUGUCGACGAAUAUCUCUCAUGGAACCUUGGAAAGCGUUUAGCUGGAGAAUGGCAACGAGCAUUAGAUAUUAAGAACCGUGUUGAGCAACAACCAUCAGCUAAGAUGUCAAUAACAUCACCAUCUUGUGUAGGAUUGAAAAUUUCAACCAAAGAAAUUAUGAAUUAUUGUCGUCAUCAUGGUUACACACCGAUGGUGGAGAGUUGUUGUGAGGCAACAAGGACAUUGUGUAAAAUAUGUGGCGAAUUUGUGGCGAAUGGUGAUAGGGAAAAUGAAGAAGCGAUGAUUCAUACCAGCUGUCUGAAUGCAUAUGGCGAAGGUAUAUCAAUUGAUUAUAUGUCGGCUGAAGAAUUCCUCGAAAUGAUAAAGAAUUGCAAAAAUGUUUUCAAGAAAUGUGAGAUGGUAGUUGAUGAAGACAUGGACAGUGAGAUGGUUGAUGUGGUUGGAUUACCAUGUGACGUAAUGAAAAAUUCGUUCAAUCAUCAUGAAGUAUCCUUUCUCCCCAGUACUCAAGAACAUGAAUGGAUACAAAAUAUUGCAAAGGAGAUUGAUGUGACAUUGACAAAUAACGAUAUAGAUAGUGUCCAUGCCCCUGUUACCUCGGCCAUGUUACAUAAAGCAUGCUGUAUGUUUGUUGAAGAUAUCGUACGAAAGGCAAACAGAUUCAUGUGGAAAUCAUCGCUGGAAAUACCAAAAGCCAAGUGUAUUGUACCUUACCAUGUAAAGCAGGCCUUGAAUGCGCUAUCGUACUGUGACUUUUUAACAAAUAACUAUCUGAAAGUUGCGAUGAACUCAUCACAAUAUUAAUAUGAUUUACAAUAUUAAAUCGUAACAGAUUAUUGUCA